AUGAGGCAAUCAGUGACCCUAAAACAUGGCACUUACAGUUAUCACCUCAACUUAACCAGCUUUGAGGCGGAGUUCCCCCAGCUACAGAAUUACAACUGCACGCUCAUCCAGAAGCCACAGCCAGAGGAACCAGGAGCGGCCAACCAAAAACUGCUGAUCCUGGCGGUGAAAUCCAACCCUGGCGUAAGCAGAAGGAGGGCCGCACUGCGAGAGACGUGGGCUAAAAAGAGGGAUAUAAAAGGAUACAGAAUUAGGCCGCUCUUCUUGAUGGGAAAGACGGACGUGAAGGGACAAAUGGAGCUGGCCAAGCUUGAGAGCCGAGUGUAUGGUGACAUUCUACAAUGGGACAUGACGGAGGGACACCACAACCUGUCCCUGAAGGAACGCUGUUUCCUGGAGUGGCUGUAUCUAAAUUCACCACAAGUUUAUUUUAUAUUCAAAGGUGAUGAAGACGAGUUUGUGAACCCGGAGGCGCUCAUACAAUAUAUCACAGAACACGGAUCCCCGGAUACAGUUCACGGCUAUCACUGGCACAGGCCUCCCGUCAUGCGCAACACCAAAUACAGCAUCACAAAGACACUGUACCCCCAGACACAUUAUCCGGGCUUUGUAUCCGGCGGCGGUUUCCUGUUCCCAGGGGCCUCUGUGAAAAGCCUGUACGCAGCCUCACAGCUCCUCCCUGUUUUCCCAUUGGACGAUGUAUAUUUUGGGUUCCUUGUCCUGGCAGCCAAUCUGACCUACCAUCACGACGCGCGCUUUUACGUGAAAGGAUUAAAGUACGACGUGUGUAAGUACAAGGAGGCUCUGGUGGUCCACGGUAUUGAUUCGGAGAUCAUGGUGCGGAUGUGGCGGGAGGUGGAGAACAGCGAGUGCAAGAAGGACCAAACAACGCCAAGCUGA